AUGUUAAAUAGAACACAAAGAGAAAAGGAGAUGGAUGUUUACAUCGCGCUGACCACAACAGUGUCGACAAACACAGAGCCGUGCCAAGAAAAGUUGCCGAAUAGUAAUAAGUUCCAGGAAAAGUUGCAGAAUAGUAAUAAGUUCCAGGAAAAGUUGCAGAAUAGUAAUAAGUUCCAGGAAAAGUUGCAGAAUAGUAAUAAGUUCCAGGAAAAGUUGCAGAAUAGUAAUAAGUUCCAGGAAAAGUUGCAGAAUAGUAAUAAGUUCCAGGAAAAGUUGCAGAAUAGUAAUAAGUUCCAGGAAAAGUUGCAGAAUAGUAAUAAGUUCCAGGAAAAGUUGCAGAAUAGUAAUAAGUUCCAGGAAAAGUUGCAGAAUAGUAAUAAGUUCCAGGAAAAGUUGCAGAAUAGUAAUAAGUUCCAGGAUAAGUUGCAGAAUGGGGAAAAAUAUGAUAAAAAUUAUAAUUGGAAAAAUAAAUAA